AGGCAGAGCUACGAGUGGGAAAAUUACAAGUGCUGGAAGUCGACUCAUGCAAUUAUGGGACGCUAACGUGGGGGAUAUUUUUUAAUUUUUUUUACUCUACAGAAACAAAUCCAGUUCUAAAUCAAAUCAGCACGAGCCAAAUUCAAAAAGUCAUAGGGCCACAUUUACUAUCCAAAAGAAGAAUUUAAACUGACCAGGAGUGCUGAGAAAACUCCAGAACCGUCUCCUCCUCAUGAGGAUGCAACAGAACUAUGCAGCCACCGGUGCAGAGUUUGGUUUUGUAACCUGAAGCUCAUUGGAGCCAUGGAGGAAAGAAGACGAGCAACCUACAGAGUCAACAGGGACGUCCUGGACGAAGGCGAUCUGGAUGAGAUGGGAGACAAGAGCGACACCAAACCGUCGCUGCGUGACAAAAUAAAAGACUCAGUGAGGUGUACAGGACCCAGGGUGAAGAACUGUAUGCUGGGGACGUUUCCUGUUGCAAAAUGGCUGCCUCGCUACGCUUUCAAAGAAGACGCUUUGGGUGACUUGGUGUCAGGAAUCAGUGUGGGCAUCAUGCAGCUCCCACAGGGUAUGGCCUAUGCACUGCUGGCGUCUGUUCCUCCUGUAUUUGGUCUUUACUCCUCCUUCUACCCCGUCCUCAUCUACUUCAUUUUUGGCACGUCGAAGCACAUCUCGAUUGGAACAUACGCAGUGAUGAGCGUAAUGAUAGGAGGGGUGGUCGACCGCCUGGCACCAGAUUCUAACUUUGAGAUCUGGGACAAUGUGACCAACUCCAGUGUCAUCGACAGCGUUUCCCGGGAUCAAGAGCGGGUCCGAGUAGCUGUUGCAGUCACUUUUAUAUCGGGCUUGUUUCAGAUUCUGCUUGGUUUGGUCCAGUUUGGUUUCGUGGUAACUUACCUGUCCGAACCCCUCGUCCGAGGCUACACAACGGCAGCUGCCAUACACGUCAUUGUUUCCCAGCUGAAAUAUUCCUUUGGUAUCCACCCAGAUAGACACAGUGGACCCAUUUCCUUGAUUUAUACGGUGCUGGAGAUCUGCUAUCUCCUUCCAGAGACAAAUAUUGGCACAUUGGUGGUCAGUAUCGUGUCCAUUGUCGCCCUCAUUCUUGCCAAGGAGCUCAAUGCAUACUUGAGUAAAAAGCUCCCUGUCCCCCUGCCCAUGGAGCUACUUGCUGUAAUCAUAGCAACAGUUAUCUCUUGGCAAGUUAACCUGGAGGAGAGAUAUGGAGUGGAUGUAGUGGGAGACAUUCCCUCUGGUCUCCAGCCACCUGCUCUACCUGCUAUGUCCCUGUUUGGCCAGGUGGCUGGGGAUGCCUUUGCUCUCGCUGUUGUAGGCUAUGGCAUCGCUAUUUCCCUGGGACGAAUAUUUGCACUCAAAUAUGGCUACAAAGUGGACAGCAACCAGGAGCUAAUCGCCCUUGGCUUAAGCAAUUCAAUUGGAGGAGUUUUCCAGUGUUUCGCCAUCAGCUGCUCAAUGUCUCGCUCUUUGGUUCAGGAAAGCACCGGAGGAAAAACCCAGGUUGCUGGGGUUAUAUCGGCAGUGGUCAUCCUUUUCAUCACUCUCUGGAUUGGAUCUCUCUUUGAAGAUCUACCCAAGGCAGUGCUGGCUGCCAUCAUCUUCGUUAAUCUCCAUGGCAUGAUGAAGCAGUUCUUGGACAUCCGCGCUCUGUGGAGAAGCAAUAAAGUCGACAUGCUGGUCUGGGUGGCCACCUUCAUCUUGACCGUGUUGUUGAACCCUGACCUGGGACUGGCUGCUGCCAUCGCUUUCUCCAUGCUCACUGUCAUCUUCAGGACACAGCUACCCAAGUACUCUCUGUUAGGACAGGUGGCAAACACUGAUAUUUAUAAGCCGGUGGAAGACUAUGAUAAGGCGAAGCAAGUGCCAGGAAUAUUAAUCUUCCGUUCCUCUGCCACCCUCUACUUUGCCAAUGCUGAGAUGUACCAAGAAGCUCUGGGAGAAAAGAGUGGCAUGGACAUCACUAAAAUCCUGUCGAUAAAGAAGAAACUGGAAGCCAAACGAAAGAGGCACGAAAAGAAACUGGCCAAGAAAGCGAAGAAAGAGCUCAAGAAGAAUAAAGCCGACAAGCAGGAGGAGCCAAAUUCAGAGCACCAGAAGGGCAUCGCCAUCAUUGACGUGGACAACGAUCCUGACCCCUCACUGCCAAGGGUCAUUAUCCUUGACCUGAGCCCUGUGAACUUCCUGGAUACAGUCGGGGUCAAGACAAUUAAAAGCAUUCAGCGAGACUACGGAGAGAUCGACAUUGAGGUUAUUUUAGCUUGCUGCCAAAGCGGUGUGGUGGAGAGCCUCCAGGCUGGGGGAUUCUUCAGCAGCAACGUGACAAAGUCCUGCCUCUUCAACUCCAUCCACGAUGCGGUCCUGUACUGUCAGUCUGCAAAAACAGAGAAUCAGUAUGAUGAAGUACAUGAACAAGACGAGUUGAAAGAAACACAUUUCUGAGUCCUGAGAGAAGUGAUGAAGGAUGUUAUGGAGAAGAGACAGACACUCUGCAGGAGGAUUUUAUCCAGAGAGCUUCGGAAAAAUCUGGGACAUCCUCUUUUGGGAAACAUACCGAGAAAAAAAUCUAAAGCAAAGAUUUAUUUUUUUUUUUCUACAAAAUGUGUUUGCUUGAAGUAACUAUAUUCAGCAUCAUUAUAUUGUACUAAGCUAAACCUACAUAUAUUUGUCCAUGGGUGCUCACAUUUGAAAUAAGUGUUAUUUACUGUUCUGUAUGUUGUACAUAUACUGUAUUGAUCAGAACAUCUGGACCAGAAUUUGUUUAUUACUUAAAUAUAUCUUUGUUUCUUCUUACAAGUACACUAACGUGUUGAUUUUUAAUCUCUAAAUAAAUAUUAGCAAACAUAUGUUAUAUUUUUUUAAAACUGCUAAUUUGCACUAAUUACAGGCCAAAUCGGAAAAUCGGGCAGCAUGAGAGAAGAGAUUCCCUCUCAGAGUGACGGAAAAGCUGCACAUUAUUUUAAUUAAACCAAUACGAAACUAACAUGUGUUUCUGCACUUGGAGUUUUUUCAAAUGUUGUCAUGUUACAGUCACAAGCUUCAGUUUAGCUUAUGGGAAAAUUUUAUGAUAGACCAACACAACAAAGCUUAUAAUUGUGAAGUGGAAUGAAUAUGACACAUUGCUUUCAAUUUGUUCUUUUCCCAAACCACAAUUUGAAAAGCAUGGCAAUUAAAUUCAUUCCUCCUGAGACAAUACUUUGUGGAAACUACAGAUCCAACUGCAAGUCUUCUGGUCCACAUCUCCACCGGCUUUGCUGGAUAUUUUAUUUCUUUUUUCUUUUUGCAAAAUAUCUACAGCUCAGUUAGCCAGAUGAAGAACCGCUUUGAAAAUACAUCUUCAUACAUGUUCUAGCCUUGCCAAUUGACUUGAGGUCUGGAUCUGACUAUGCCAAUGGAUGGUGUCCCACCCCAGUCAAUAGCAACCUCUAAAAGGGUUUUAUUCCAGGGUUGUCCUGUAUUUAGUCCUACUUAUCGUCCCAUCAGUGUUGCUGAAUAUAAAGAAUCAUGAUUCUCUCACCGGCAUGCAAGUUUUCAGUUUUCCGCAACACACAUUUUGCAGCUAUCGGCUAAAAGUUCAAUUUUGGUUUCAUCCAAUCAGAAGAUCUUUUACCACACAUUUGCUCUGUUCCUUACAUGACUCGUGGCAAACUCCCGAUGGGAUUUCUAAUGGCUCAAAAUGCCAGAUUCAGUGGGUGGAUGACUGAUCCUUUCAACAGAUCCACCCAGUUGAGCUGUAGAUCUCUGCACUGUCCGAAUUUUCCAAAACAUGGUACAC